AUGUUUUGUUGUCCUCCCAAUAAGGUGUCAGCUCAAGAAGAAGAAGAAGAAGAAGAAGAAACUAAAGAAGAAGCUCCUCCCAAUAAGAUGGCUGCUCACGACGACGACGAAAAAGAAGAAACAGAAAAGGAAGAAAUUACGGCAAUCUUCAAUGAUGAUGACAAUGAUGAUGAUGACGCACCUGAGCCCAUGACGGCGGAACUCUUUCGAGACCGAGUGCGAAGUUUGCACGAACAGUUUGAUGCCAAUGAAGAUGGCCAUUUGAAUUUUUCAGAGUUGGCCGCUCUACAAAUGGCAACGGAAGGAAAUACAAUGACGGAAGAUAUGUAUGUGAUGGCAUGUAAGGCGUUGGAUUGCAAUCCUCAUAAAGGGAUCAGUAUCGAUGCGCUGCGAUUGACAUAUGCGUCAGAAGGAGCCGACAUCAACAAAGAUUAUUACAAAGUAUUUCCAGACCGAAAACCAAAGAAGAAACCAAAAGACAAAGAUCAUGUGUACGAAGUUGAUGGAGGGGCUUUUGAUAUAUCCGACUAG